AUGAAAACUGAAUCAAGAAAUAGUGGAGCACCCAUGUCUGAAAGCAGAAAAGUAAGAAAACCUUUAAUGGAGAAAAAACGAAGAGCCAGAAUAAAUGACAGCCUGGAAACCCUCAAACAAAUUCUCCUAGACUCAAAAACGACUCUUAAGGAAUCCAAGAAAAAUGGACAACGCACUGCUAAAUUGGAAAAAGCUGAUAUCUUGGAGAUGACUGUCCAGUACUUGCAACAUUUACAUACAAAAUUAAACAACGAAAUCAACAAACAAUCGAAAGAAGAAAUGAUGAUAAAAUCAUCUGAAAGUGUUAAAAUGGGUGUAACAUUAAUACCAACUAAACUAAAAAGUGGUGAAAUUGUUUUUGUUAUGCCAUCGAAUUUAAAUAGUUCAGUUCAACAAAAAGAAAACUAUCAGCCGCAUUUGAAUCAAAAUGUUUGGAGGCCUUGGUAG